AUGCCUCACAGUGGGGAAAUUUUCUGGUGUCGACACUGCCACAACGAGGCCAAGCAUGACAAUGAAAAGGACGUGAAGUUGAGGCACGAGCUGGACCGCUCGCUGGUCACCGAGGUCGUGUGCGCCCUGUGCUCCCUGCGCCAGCCCGUAGGGGACCACUGCUGCCGCUGCGGCGUGGCCUUUGGCGCCUACGCAUGCACCCUCUGCCCCUUCUACGACGACGACGUCUCCAAGCAGGCCUUCCACUGCGCCGACUGCGGCAUCUGCCGUGUGGGCGGCCGCGAGAAUUUCUUCCACUGCGACACCUGCGGCUCCUGCUACUCCACCAAACUCAGGGGCCGGCACGUCUGCGUGGAGCGGGCCAUGCAUCAGAACUGCCCCGUCUGCUUCGAGUACCUGUUUGAGAGCGAGUUGGAACGGAGCGACAGCAUCUCAGUCUGUGCCUGCUGCCCCAUCUGCAAGCGCUCGCUGCAAGACAACUCCGCCACCUGGCGGUACCUGGACUCCAUCGCGGCCUCACACCCUCUCCCAGAGGAGUAUGUGGGAUGGCAGGCCGAGAUCUUCUGCAACGACUGCCUGUGA